AUGAGGGCCGCGUCGUUUCUGCAGCACGGUGGAAAACUCCUGGGCGACGGCAACGACGGCGUUUUUACCAGCACGGAACAGGAUCACGAUCCGUACGGCCACAACAUUUUUUCUGAGCUUACAACUACGACGAAAAAGACCCGAACUUCAAACCCUAGUACAACUCGCGCUAGUCAACAUUGUAAUUUGCUGCACCUGACGAAGAAUACUGGCAGGAGACUUAGCACAUCCUUCAGCGGGACCUCCCGGUCCAGAGUCGACGUGAACGUGGACAUUCCAAGAACCGGGAUCGGCAUUCUGCCGGAACCGCCAGCCGCCGCAGCCAUGCAGUGGGCCAAGUACGCACGGGAGGCUUUUGACCAGGUUCGCUCCUCCACGGCGGCAGUCAAGCGCGCGGCCUCGGAAGCCGCGAAGUACGCGGCGGUUGCGAAGCAAGCCAGUGCGAUGGCGAACAACCAGCAGAUGAUGAAGGACCAGGCAGCGGCUGCGGUGGUUGCCGAGACGCUUGGUUACACGGGAGAGCCGGUUGGGGUGCCGACCGCGAACGUGUUCGGGGAGGUACCGCCCUCAGCGCCACCGUACUCUUUCAACUACCCCAACCCACCGCCCCCCAGUAGCAUGAUGUGAAAUGCGAGGGGGGGAGCGGAGUUUUAUCUCAGCCUCAGGAAUGAUAACGAUAAAAGGUUUCUUACAAUUCGGUUGAACGUUUCUUGUUUAAUGCACUUGAACAUUCACCUCUUCCGCUUCCGCAAAAUAAAGAUUAUCGUGAUCGCCUACACCAACUUGUUAACAAUACCAAGUUGUGCCGGACUGAAGAUAGCAAAUGUAGUAUAUACGUCGCAAGUCAAAUUUCCGACCGCCUCACACUAGGGCGGUGUAGUCAAUGGAU